CAAAUUCUUAUUAUUCAAACACAUGAAGAUAAAUUAGAAAUUCCUCAAGAAGUAUACAGUAGUGAUGAGAAUAACUUUUUCAAUACUUACGAAAGUGAAGACAACCUAGAUAAGGUCAAAAGUUACCAUAUUGAUGGCAUUCAAACUGAUGACGAGAAAUUGUUUCUUAAUCCAUGGAAAGAUGUCUAUAGCCCUGCUAUUUAUCUGACCACGAUUAAAGAAAUUUCAACCUCAAGUAAUAGUAAUAAACCUGAGCUGUCCCCUACUGAGAUAGUUAAUAGGUUAGUCAAUGUUGAAAUCUUAAAUAAUGAACAACAGAUAGAAGCCAUACAUAUCUUAGAAAAAUUUUGUGGUUUAUUUACUUCCGGGUUGGAUGAACUGGGCCAGUAUCAAGAAAUACAACAUAAAAUCAAUACUGGUAAUGCAAAACCCAUUAAAUAA